UGUGUUUUUCAUUCCCUCAAAUAAAAACAUCAAUCAUAUAAUGCCUCGCUCACCCUCCCCACCGCCACGUCUUCCUCGCCGUCCCUUCAUUGAAGACAGCCCGCAACGCUUUAGAGAUCGCGAUCCUAGAGACGAUUAUCGUUACCGCGGUGAACCUUCUAGGUAUCGAGGUCCCGCCGGUUUCGAUAGAGAUCGCAGGGAUCCAAGAGACCGCGACUGGCGUGAUAGGGAUGUAGAAAGGGACUAUGAUAGAGGCUCUAGAUUUGGAGGGCGUCAAAGCUGGUAUGCGAGAGACAGGGACGCGGAAAGGAUGAGGGAAAGAGAUGAUAGGGAUCGAAUAAGAAGUCCUUUGCCUGUCCGACCAGGCAUUUCGCUCAUCGAUAGAGACGAACGACCGCGAGACGAACGACCGCGAGAGUCAAUAGAAGGGUCAACGAAGGCCAGGUCUGAAGGGACACCAGAAGAAGGGCAGAUAACGUCGCCUGUGGUAGCGCCUCCUACGAUUUCAGGCUUGCCGCCGAGACCGCGUUCUCCUCCCCGCUCACCGCCUCGAAGGCGGUCAAGGUCUCCACCGCCUUUUAGACGGUUCGAUAGGGAGUCUUGGAGGGAUAGAGAACGGGACAGAGAGAGGGAUCGGUUUUAUCGACGACGAUCGCCGUCACCAUAUUCCCCUAUACGUCGCCGUCGUUCACCAUCCGUAUCAAGUGCCUCGACGCCCUCACGUUCUUCCCGCUUUUCUCCGAUCAAACGCGGAAUUUCACCCGCAGAACGAAGCAGGUAUACACGUUCUCCCAUGUCUGAGAAGCCGCAGCGCCUCACUUCACCCGAGCCAAUGUCGCCCAUAGACCAUUCUCGACCUCUGUCACGAACAUCCGUAUCCGGGCCCACUCGCCCCCAAACACCAACCUCACUUCCUCCUACCUUGUCAACCCCACAACAACCUGCUCCAGCUUUAGCUCAUACUCAGCCUUUAUCAACUCCAUCAGUCUCUACUUUCCCUAAACGUCCUCCCCCGACCGGGCCUCGCUCUGAACGUCUCGGUUUAGUACCGCCUACAGGUCCGCGUGCACUCGCCCAUCUUUACGGGGGACGUCCUGCUGCCCCAAGAGUGCCCUACGCAACUCCCAUUGCUGGUCUGUCCAGUACAAACCCGACGCCCACAGCAACCGUAAAAAAUGACUUCCACGCUAGUACGACCCCUGAAACACCAACUGCUACAUUUGGAGCCCAUGCUCCUCCUACUGGGCCCAGUUCUGGGAGGUUGUCGUGGUCUGAGAGGAAGAAUGUGCUGUCUCAGCCUCACCCAAUAUCGACAUCUGAGCAGACAUCAAACUUCAACCCUUAUGCACCUUUACCUUCUUAUAAUGGACAGGCCGCUAAUCGGCGAGGAGACUCUUCAUCGCCUGCACCCGCACCACAUCCAUCUUCGUCAGUGUCAACAACACCGCUUCCACGAAUUUUGACACCGGCUGCAGAAGAGUCUCCAAAUGUGGAGGAAUCAGUGGUCGCCGAAGAGGAACUGGCAGAGAGGAAAGCAAAGGAAGAACAAGCAAGGAUCCUGGCAGAGCUGCCCCCUGUUUUGAUCGGAUUUGGAGGCUCAGCAUGGGAGACUGAAUUGGCGUCACACAUGCAUCAUUACACGUCACUUGUUCAAAAUACUCUCCGCCUCCAAGCCGCUCAAAGACUUGCUGCAGCGAGUUUGGCUGAUGCUGAAGCCGAGAGAGUCGCAGUAAUGGAGCGAAGUAAAAUUUGUGAUGAGCAGUUGAUGUCGGGUACAUUGGGUGUGGGGAUUAUCGGUGGGAUCUGAUAUGUCAGGUGACCAGUUGUUUAGCUGUCUAAAAUGUCGAUAUGCCGCGUACAUUACUCGCGAACGUCCCCUCCUAUGUACUUGUAUCGCGUGAUUGCUGCAUUCUAUGCCAAAGGUAUAUUCGUCGACAGUGGAGGUGAAAUUUCCUGCCUCCAGCCGGCCUGCUUGAUGUUACAAAUA